AAUGUGUUAGUUGCAAAUUAAUCAUUAACAUACUAUUAGCCAACUGUACUCUGUCAUUCUUCAUGGACUCAAAUCAAAUUUCCAUUUACUGUAAAUGUUAAAUGUUAUGCCUUUUGUCUGUUUUGUCUGUUACAACACAUGAAUUAUGGUCUCUAGCUGGUGAUGGCAGCGCUGUCUAACCUGCACCAGCAUGGGUUCCUGUUGGAGGUCAGUAGAACAUCACUUCUCACCAUUGGACUGCAUGGAAUUCCAUGUCAAAAUCAUUCUAAAACCACACUUCUUUUUUUCACAUUUGCAUUCUUUCUGGUUUUUUGUUUUGUUCUUUUGUGCUACUAAUGUUUGAUUCUGCAAGUAAAAGUAAAACUCACACACUGCACACAUCUGCAGAAAGGGUGGAAAAUAAGCUCAGGGUGUGUAGGUGUGAGGCCUCUUCAUCUUCCUUUUUUUCUCAGGUCACGACAGAAAAACUAUUCUCGAACCUUUCAUCCAUUCUUGCUGCUCACCAACGGUUUUGGCAAGAAGUGAUGCGUCCCAUGCUACAGAUGGCCCGACAGACGGGGCGCCCAUUUGACCCCCUGAUGCUGGAGCCUGGCUGCUUGCAGUUUCAGGAGCGUUUCCCUUCCUAUUUCCAGUACUGUUUGGAAGAGGAGAAGGCAGUGGAUUUUACGCGCAGACAGAUGGAGUCUAACCCCCACUUCAACGCCUUCCUAACAUGGGUGGAGACACAUCCGCAGUGUUCUCGCAUGCGAUUGGGCGACAUGCAGGCGAAGCCACACCAGAGGAUCACUAAGUACCCUCUGCUGCUGAAGGCCAUCCUGAAAACCACAGAGGACCCUGAGACUCAGGACUCCCUCAAGAGGAUGCUGUCCAGCAUAAACAACUUUGUGGACAACAUCGACAAUCACCUGAAACAGAGACACGAGGAGCUGGCCUUGUUUCAGUGCGCCCAGAGAAUAGAGGGGUUUGAUAUGAUGGAAGGAAUGAGUGAAGAAAUCGACAAGCAUGUCAGGGAGUUCUGCCAGUUUGAUUUGAUGAGUCCUGUCCGGGGGGCGGACCCUGAAGUCAUCCGCAAGCUUCUAUUGGAGGACACCGUCAAGAUUAGAGGAAGAAAAGACAGCAGGGUUGGUUACAGCAGGCAUGUCCUCUGUGAGGCAUCCACACAUUACAUUACAAGUUACAAAGUCAAAGAAAAAAAAGAAUUGUACAGCUUCUUUGAAUGUCCUGUCAAUCACAUAGUACAGUAGAAGAUUUAAGCACUAGGUUUAGUGUCCCUGUGGAUUUAUGAUAGUGAAUGAUUUUGUGAUGUUGUGGGCUGUCUGUCUGAUGUUGUGAUGUUGUGGGCUAUCUGUCUGAUGUUGUGAUGUU